AUGGUUGUCCGUCCGCUGGAUUUUCGCCCUGGCCCCAUGACAGCAAAGCAGUCCAAAGAUCGCUGCGUCCGAGCAACAAGCAAUGAGGUUGCAAACCUACUUGCAUCCAGGGAUUUUGAGCAGUGGCUGGAUGGAAAGCGGCAGUCCACAGCCCGUGCUUGGAGGAUCACUUGUGUGUUUGCCCUUCUCUUGGCGGCAGCAUCAGCCACGUCUUUCAGCUUCUAUGGCCAGAUGCAUGGCAUGCAGGAUCAGCUGUUGAACGUGGAGGUCGAUGCCGGCAAGUUGCUUCAGCCAUCUUGUGUGCCCCCCACACCAAACUCAAAAGUCACAGCCAAUGGCAAUGGACGCCUGCAAGAAGUUCAUGGCGAUGGGAAGAACGAUGAAUCGAAGCAAAGGCAUUCGCAAACGAGCCAGUGCAUGCUAAUGGCAAUGACACUGUUGCAGGGGAAAGGGCUGGAUGAAGCAAUGUUUGAGGGCUGCAUACAUGCAUUUAGAGGCCCAGCCCUGUGGUCGACUUGUAUAAUGGCAGUGAUAGGAUUGUCUGCACUGGCAAGGCACUGGCGGCUGCUUCGGCAGUUGAAAGACACCAAGGAGGAGCUGGUGGUUGAAAAGAAGAAGGCACAAGAGGCUGCAAAGCUCAUUGAGGCGGCACACCUGGAGAAGAAGCGGGCAGCUCGUUUGGACCAGUUGAAGGAGGAGCGUGCAGUUUUGGAGCCCCAGGCAGAGGGUCUGGAGGCAGCAGAGAAGGAACAUGAGCAAUUGGUGAUCGCCGCAAACCGUGUGGCAGAGCUGGAAGACAGAAUGCGUAGGCUUCCAGCACUGAAGAAGCAGGAAGAGAGCCUCACCAAGCAGUGCAGAGAGGUGGACGAGCAAGCGGCCAAGGUCGCAGGAAAGGUGGCCAUCUUGGAUGCGGUCACAGAUCACUACAACACGGCGAAGAGGGAUGCAGACUCAGUUGAUCAAUUGUUGCUGGAACUAGGGAAUAAACAUGAGGAGAUUGCAAAGAAGGUCAAACGGGUCAUGGAGGUGCAAGGCCAGGUGUCCAAACUUGAAGAGGAAGCGAGCAAACUUGCUAAGACAGAUGGGGAGUUGAAGGAGAAGAUGGCCAGACUGAGUGCCAUGCGUGAGGACAUUGAAAACCUGAAAGCAGCUGUUGAGGAACUUCCUACACUUGGAGAUGCCACAGCCAGCAAAAAGGGAAAUCUGGGCAUGCCCCAAGCUGCUGUGAAGGCCAUGGACACCACUCGAAUGUCUCCUGGGCCAGACGAAGUGCCUCCUGGAUCUGCUACUGAGGCCCCAGGACUCGCCCCCUUGGGCCCUGCGUCGCCCCAGCAGCACUCGAUAUCUACAGACGCACAAUCAGAACGCCUGGUCGCGACGCCCGGCGACAAGCACCUGCCCAUGGAAACGAAUGCCCACAAGCCCGAAAAGUCGAUGCUUCCCAAGCCGCCAUCUGCACCCACGGCACACAAUCGGCAAAGGGGAUCAUCGCCGCAGGAAUCGACUGCCGGGAGCGUCGACGGCGCUCCUGACGAUUCUGACAAGGCGUCAGAGGCUUCCAGCAUUCGCAAUCAGGACCUGUUGGCGUCUUUGGAUGCAUUCGGCUCGAGGAUGGUGGGCGCCAACUUGGUGGAUGCGCCGGUCAUUGAUUCGAGUGAGGGCCAGCCGGGCAAAGCUGGCGCCAGGGCGAAGGGCAAGGCUGCGCCCGUGGGUGGUCCGGCUGAGAAGCAGAGGAAAAAAGCCAACGACAAGGGGAAUUUUCUGGGCAAUGUGUUCCGCUGGGGAGGCAAAUGA